UGUUAUUUUACUGUUUAUCCUUUACAAUAUUAACUGGAAUUAAUGAUAUGUAUUUUACUAAUGCAGUCCCUUAUUUCUCAUAUCAUUUCAUAGUUAUAUGUACCUUAUUUGAUUUUUGGAAUUUUUCACCCAUGAAAAAUAAUAUAAUAUGGGACUAUUUUCAACCUUGUACAAUAUAAAGAACAUUACAGUACCCUUCUGAGUUUCACAGUAUCUGAGUUUUGCGAUUCUCGAGUUUCACUCGGAGUCUUAAAUUCUCACCAUCCCGAUUUUCACCUAUUAUUUCCUUGAGUUUCAUGCUUUCAUUGCAUAUGUGGCACGCAUUCCUACCAUUGGCGUCACAUAUUGGAAAAACAUAUACAUGCAUGCUUUGUAUUGUACAUGCAUUUCUGUGUACAGUUCACAUACCUGAACAUAGGAAUUCUUUGUGUGGAUAAACCAUUUGUUAGCCACAACACUUGUCAUGCUGGCUUGUAUGUGAGAGAUGGGGAGAGGAAUGCUGGUGAUGGCACCACUGCAUUGCAAAAAAAAAAAAAAAAACACAAACAAAUGAGAGGUGCCUCAUUACUAUGGCAGAUGUGAUGGCACUGCACCGCUGAAACACUCUGGAUGUAAGGACAAAACAUGUGCAGUGUUAGAUGCAUUGGUGUUGCACCACUGAAUCACUCUGGAUGUAAGGGCAAAACAUACACACUCAUGCACUUUUAGUUGUGAUGGUGCUACACCACAAUUUGUAAGAAUAAAUCACACACACAGACAGACACACACUGAAAGAAUUGAGAGCAAAGGCCCAAACAAAAAACGAGGAGAGAACACAGGAAUGAGUGAGAAGAUUCACCUGGAAAGUUGUGGACAUGAAAGUGAGCAAAUGGUGGCACAAAGAUGCCAUGCAAAAUCACCAAGUAGAAGUUUAAAAAUUAUGUAUACUAAUGUAGAUUGUGUGGUGUUGAGCCUAUUUGAGCUUAAAGACUACUUAAAGAAUAAUAAACCAGAUGUGGUAUGUUUAACAGAAACCAAACUAAAAGAGGAAAUAAAGUUGGGAAAUAAAGGAGGGAUAUAGCACAUGGAGGAGAGACAAAAGGAAAGGGAAGAGGAGUGAUGAUAUUGGUAAGAGAGGAUAUUGUUGUUGAAGAAGUGGAAUAUGGUGAUGGAAUGGCAGAAAUUUUGAGUGUUAUGAUUAAGAUCAAAGGAAGCGAAAAAAGGAAAAUCAUUGUGACAUACGUACCACCAAAAACUAAUGCAUGGGAGACCAAUAAAUUUAUAAGUAUGCAACUAGAAACAAAAAAUAGUAUAGAGGAAAUGAUCAGGAAAAGUAACAAAAUGCUCUUAGUAGACAACUUCAGCACUAAAGGAAUUAGCUGGGAGGAGAUGGAAGUGAAAGUAAAUGUCGGGUCAUGGAGUGAAGAACUUAUGCAAACCAUGAUGGUGAAUACAGUGAAACAAUGGGUGAAUGAGCCUACAAGGUGCAGAAGAGAAGAAUCAUCACAGUUGGACUUAGUGUUUACAAAAAUCCUAGAAAGUAGACCAAGUAUACAUUGUCUGAGUCCAAUGGAAAAAAGUGAUCAUGUGACAAUAGAAGUAGUAUCACAGGGGGAAAAAGUGUUGCACAAGAAAGAACAAUACAGAAAUGGGAGAUAGAACUAUGCUAAAGCAAACUUUGCAGAACUUAAUAAAUUUUAUGGAAAAAUGAACUGGAAAGAGAUAUUUGAAGGUAAAGUAGUGCAAGAAAAAUAAGAGAUAUUUGUGAACAAGUAUAGAGAGGGGGUGCAACAGUUUAUCCUAAGAUAUAAAGUGAAAAUUGAGAAAUAUGAAUGGUAUAAUGCCAAGUGUGUAGAAGCAAAAAAGAAAAGAAAACAGGGCAUGAAAGAAAAUUUAUGAGACAACUGAACAGAAAGGCUAGAGAAGAAUACAGAAAGGCAAGGAAUGAAUGUAGUAUAAUAAGAAGAGAAGAAGAAACUUUGAAAGUGACAUAGUAAGAAAAUGCAAGGAAGAACCCAAACUCUUCUACAAAUAUGUAAAUUGGAAAAUUAAACAUAAGGAUAGCAUAAACAAGUUAAAAAGGGAAGGAAGAAUUUAUGAAACUAUUGAGAUGAUUGAACUAAUGAAUGAGUUUUCAGUUUGUGUUUACAAAGGAAACCGAAUUUUUGGCACCAAAAAUGAUAUCGCAGAAUGAGGGAAUACAGGAGAUAAAAGUAAAGAGACAGAAAGCAAGAAACUGCUGGAAGAGCUGGGUGUUAGUAAAGCUAUGGGACCAGAUCAAGUAAAUGGAUGGAUAUUAAGAGAAUGAAAUGAACAAAUGGAAGAACUAAUAUGUGAUAUAAUUAACAGUUCAUUGAGAGAAGGAAAAAUUCCUAGGGAAUGGAAAAGAGCUAACAUAGUGCCAGUAUACAAAGGGGGAAAUAAAAUGGAACCAUUAAAUUAUAGACUGGUGUCACUAACAAGUGUUAUAUUAUAAGUAAGGUUUGUGAAAUAGUAAUUAAAGACAGAUGGGUGGAAUAUCUAGAAGAUAGAAAGAUAAUUAUAGAAAAGCAAUGUGGAUUCAGGAAAGGAAGAUCCUGCAUCACAAAUCUAUUGAGCUUCUACACGAGAGUAAUAGAUGGAGUGCAAGAGGGGGACAGAUGGGUUGAUAUGGUAUACCAUGAUCUCAAAAAAGCACUUGAUAAAGUUCCCCACAGAUACCUUAUGUGGAAGCUAGAAAAUGAAGGACUAAAGGGAGCAACAUUGAGAUGGAUGGAGGAUUAUUUACAAGAGCAGGAAAUGAGAACAGUAAUCAAAGACACUAAUUCAAGUUGGUGCAAAGUGACAAAUGGGUUACCACAAGUAUCUGUGUUGGCACCUAUUAUGUUUCAAAUAAUAUGUAAAUGAUAUGAUAGAAGAUCUAAAUAGUUAUAUAAACCUGUUUGCUGAUGAUGCAAAAAUAACUAAAAUAAUAAAGAAUGAAAAUGACUGCAAGGAGUUACAAAAGGUUAUUGACAAGAUACAUGUAUGGAGUCAAAGAUGGAAACUAGAAUUUAAUGCCAGAAAAUGCCAUGUGUUGGAAACUGGAAAAAGUAAAAAGAGACCUUCAUGGAAUUACAAAAUUGAAGGAGAAAUAAUAGUGAAAAGUAAUGAAGAAAAAGAUAUGGGAGUAAUGAUUCAGGACACACUAUCACCUGAAAGACACAUAAAUGGGAUAUUUGAUUCUACACACAGCUUGUUAACAAUCAUUAUGGUGGUGUUUAACUAUUUAGAUAAAUAAGUGAUGAAGAAAAUUAUAACAAGCAUGAUAUGUCCUAAAUUGAAUACGCAGCUAUAGUUUGGGCUCCACAUAGUAAAAAAGAUAUACGGAAACUGGAAAGAAUACAUAGUAUAGCAAUGAAGAUGGUACCAGAAUUGAAAGACUUAAGUUAUGUAGAAAGACUUGAAGAGAUGAGAUUACCAGCACUACAAGAGAGAAGAGAAAGAGGAGACCUGAUAACAAUAUACAAAUUAGUAAACAAUAUAGAAAGAAUAGACAGAAAUGACUUGGUACCACAGAUGGAGGAGGGAGAGAGACAGGCGAUGGGGCAUGGGAAGAAAACAAAGAAGAGUGGAUGUUCAAGUGACAUCAAGAAAUGCAGCUUCCCAUAUAGAGCUAUUGAAAUCUGGAAUGACUUGAGGGAAGAGGUGGUUGUGACAAACAGUGUAUACAUGUUUAAAGGGAAACUGGAUAAAUAUGGUUAUAGAGACAGGACAAAAUGAGCUUUGGCUUGUGCCCUGUACAAUAUAACUAAGUAAAUACAACUAGGUAAAUACACACACACACACACACACACACACACACACACAUGGGUGGGGAGUGGCCAUUUUCUGCCACUCUGCCCUCAGCCCCUCACACCUCCCUGUCGAUAUUCCUGCCGGAGUAGAGGCCCUAUGGCUGAGAGUUACGUCCCCCUGCCAUCCCAGCAACACAGCCUCCAUCAUUGUGUGCAUAGUGUAUCCUGCUGCCAAGCUGGUCAUCUGUGGGGACUUUAACAGAUUAGAUAUCAGUAACAUCCAACACCAGCUACACCUCACCCAGGUUGUGGACUUCCCCACCCACCAGCAAGCCAUCCUCGACCUUAUAUUGACAGACCUGGGCCAGCAUUUCUCGCCCCCAAAGCCGCUACCUCCCAUGGGAUGGAGCACCCACCUCCAUACUAUGGACACCCACACCCACCCACCCACCACCUUGACCCCCCAGUCAGCUGUCACCAGGACCCACCGCCCCAUGCUUGACUCAGCCAUGAGGGAGUCUGGGCAGUGGGUGACACAACACCCGUGGACCGAGGUGCUGGAAGUGGAGGACGUCCACUUAAAAUGGCACAAUUAUGUUGCCACCACCACAGAAACCUUCCACCGCUACUUCCCAACCAAGAGCUUCACAGUGCACCCGUCUGAUGCCCCCUGGAUGAUGCCCCGCAUUAAAAGACUCAUGCGUCAGUGGACCUGGGCAUUCCACUCCUGCCCAGUCCUAUACAGGAAACUAAGAAACAGAGUGAUCAGGGAGAUUAAGGCUGCCAAGGCAAGCUAUUACCCAGACAAGAUACAUCACCUCAAGCUGGCCAACAACAGACAGUGGUAUGCUAAGAUCAAAGCUUUGUGUGGCCUACAAAAGCACACUUCAUCUCUUCCUUGCACCUCACACCUUCCUGCUAAUCUUGCGGCUCAGGAGAUGAAUGAUCACUUUGCCGCUAUCUGUCAGACCUUUCCUCCCCUCCACAGCACUCCGCUUCCUGCCUAUUUUCCUGCUCCCUCCCCUUCCCCCAUUGUCCAGGCAAUGGAUGUUUUUAAGAGAAUGCUCAAAUUCAAACCAAGAUCCACCACACCCACUGACCUUCCUAUAAAAAUUUACAGGGAGUUUGCUGCAGAACUAGCAACACCGCUAUGUUCCAUAAUAAACGCCUCUCUCUCCCAACACUCUUGCUCUGCAGACUGGAAGACAUCUUACGUCACCCCCAUCCCCAAAACUUCCAAUCCACAGUCACUCAAUGACCUCAGGCCAGUCUCUAUCAUCCCCAUCCCUAGCCUUAUUUGUGAAGAUUUUGUGUAUGACUGGGCCUACACCAAAAUUUGUAAUACAGUGGAUAUUAAACAGUUUGGAAAUAUUAAAGCCACCUCCACAUCCCAUUACCUGACCAGCUUUCUUGAAUUCAUCCACAGCCACCUGGACAAGCAAAACACUUCUCUAGCUGUUGCUUUUGUGGACUUCAAAAAAGCCUUUGAUCUUGUUGAUCACACUGUUGUCAUCAGCAAGGCAAUAAGUCUGGGUCUCCCUCCUAACCUAAUAGCGUGGCUAGCCGACUUCCUCACGGGGAGGCAUCAGGCCAUUCGCUAUCAGGGAUCUGUCUAA